AUGUCAUGUCGUCAUUCGUCGAUUCGACACUGGUAGUUGUUUUGUUGAUAGAUAAUUAAUUUUCAUAAAAAUUGCAUUUUAAUUUCUUUCUUCUGUCAAUUGCAUUUUUAACAUUGAAAUUAAAAACAAAUAAAUAUAAAUUUUAUUUAAAAAUCUUCAAGAAAUCCCACUUAAUAAUAAAAUUCACAAAUUUAUUUAUUAAUAUGAGUGAUGACGAUAGAGAAAUUGAUAUAGAAAGUGACGAUGAUAAUGAUUCCGAUAGCGGACGAAUGCAACAAAGAAAUGCUGGUGCACAAAAUUUCACACAGGCAGAAAAAAGAGCUCAUCAUAAUGCCCUUGAACGCAAAAGAAGAGAUCACAUAAAAGAUAGCUUUACUUGUCUCCGUGAGGCAGUUCCAUCAUUGCAAGGCGAAAAAGUAGCUAGCAGAGCACAGAUUCUGAAAAAGACUGCAGAAUGCAUUCAGAUAAUGCGAAGGAAAAUUCACUCCCACCAAAAAGAUGUCGAAGAUAUCAAGAAACAAAAUGCAAUAUUAGAAGCGCAAAUUCGUUUACUGGAAAAUGCCAGAGAUGGUAACUAUACACCUUCGAGUGCAUCGAAAUUACACGUUAAACCAGAGGUCCACUCUGAUAGUUCGGAUGGUGAAGAUCACGAUUUCAGGCGUCGGAGUAAAAAACUGAAAACAUCCUAUCAACCAUAGGCUGUGCUUUUUAACUUAAAUUAAAAAUGAUUUAUCUAUUA